UGCACCGCACGGUUCAUGACAGACACAGACCUCCAGUGAAGUUUAUAUUCUGUUACCGAUAGUGUUGUUUAGUGUUUAAACAAUUUUUACAAUAAAAAUUCAGCAACAUGAGCAAGAUUAUAGUAUAUAUUUUGGAUAGAAUAGUAUGGAUGUUGGUUAUUUUGGUAAUUACAACACAAGCAUUACAAAUGGCAGGAAUUGUAGAAAGUCCAAAAAGUUUAGGAGAAAUUACAUAUUCUGAUAAAAACAAUUACAAUUAUCAGAUAGCAGUUGGCUCCCCUGAUGUGAGAGGAAAACGUGAGGCUGAAGACCGAUCCAAAUUCAUAGACAGUCUAUUUAAUUUGCCGAUCCAAACUCUAAAUGCUCUUAACACGUUGGUGCAAAAUUCCAGGCCAGCUUUCCAAAAAUUCCAAGACUACAUGCAAAAGCGGUCAGAAAAAAAAGGUACGAGUACGACUGCAAAACCCGUUGAAGAAUCAAAUUUAAGGAAAAGGUCCCCGGUUUACAUACGACCCGUGGGGCAGGAAAAGCAAAUAUUAGCUGAAGCUUGAAACUGCCACUAUUGAGAAGGAAAAUAGCUUUAAUGUGCGGGCUAAAAUUUAUUAAUAGAAUUAUUAUUAUAAUUUUUUGAAAUGUUUAGUAUAUACUUAAUAUUUAACAUUUAGAAUUUUGAACAUAAAUUUAAAAUAUAAUCCAUUUAUCAUUUUAUUUUAUUUUAAACUUGUUAGUUUGUAUUUAGCCUGAACAGUAUUUUAUCAUUUAACUUUAGAACCCAUAAAAAUUGUACCUGUAAAUUUUGUUUUGUCAAUUUUGUCAUUUAAAAUUCAUGUAUCAUCUAUUUUUAAGAUUUUUAUUAAACAUUUGCCAGUAUUUUAUUGUAAGGACAUUAUUUGGCAAAUUUUUAAGCAUUGUAACAUGUAUAUAUUUUAUUUGUAAGACUGUUUAUAUUAGAUAU